GGAGCGUCAGUCAAGGCCUCCCGUGCACCGGAAGUCAGCUGCGCCAGAGCCCAUGCGGGUGAGUUCCUGAGCCAUGGUGGGCCCGGCACUGACUCCUUCCCCGGCUGGGGGUGUUGCGCUGGAGAACGCCAACCCGCUCAUUUACCGGCGCCAGGGCGAGCGGCAGGUCACGGCGCGAGAGGAAGACGACGAGCUGCCCGAUGCCAUCGACGACCGCGAGAUCUUCGAUCUCAUUCGGUCCAUCAAUGACCCAGAACAUCCUUUGACUUUGGAAGAGCUGAAUGUCGUGGAGCAAGUUCGUGUCAAAGUGAAUGAUGCAGAAAGUACUGUUUCGGUGGAGUUCACUCCCACCAUUCCUCACUGCAGCAUGGCAACGCUCAUCGGCCUUUCGAUCAAAGUGAAGCUGAUCAGAUCCCUCCCUGAAAGAUUUAAGGUGGAUGUCCACAUAACACCUGGAACCCAUGCCUCCGAACAUGCAGUGAACAAGCAGCUGGCUGACAAAGAGAGAGUUGCAGCUGCCUUGGAAAACGCCCAUUUGCUGGAAGUUGUGAACCAGUGUUUGUCGGGGAGACCCUGAGGUAAAGUCUCCUGCCUGGCUGCCGUUUUGCUUGUCUUGUAUAUAAGAAGCUAUUGUCGUAUGCGUGUACAUGUUUUUAAAAAGUAGUUUUAAUAAAGACAAACCUUUGUCACUG